AGCAGCUGGGCAGUUUCAGAUGCGAAAGAUCAAACGGUGGGGAGGCGUUCUUCGGGUGAUCGAACGGCGGAGGGUGAUCGCAGGGAGAUCGAUGGGGCAGGGACGAGCAGGAUGGGAGGGCACGGGGAGGGAUCGAAGGAGAGAUAUGAGUGGUGCGGCGGGCACUAGUGCUGAUGGGGAGAGGUGGAGGGGGGAAGGGGACGAGGGGGAGGAGGAAGAGGAAGAGGAAGAGGAGGAGGAGGAGGAGGAGGAGGAGGACGAGGAGGACGAGGAGGAGGAGGGGGAAGAGGAGAAGGACGAAGGGGAGGAGGCAUGGGAAGAGAACCAGGUUGGGAGGAAGGUCGGUGGGGGUCGGGAUCCUAAGCGCCAGGUGUUUCCCCAGGGCCUUUCCGCUCAGGAGAAACAGCAGAUUUGGAAGGAAUCAAAUCUCGUGCUGGACCUGCCGCCCGGGAGGCGCCAAUUCGGGCGGCAAGAGCGCGAGGGUAGGGGCAUGCAGGAUGGAUGGGGUGAGGAGAAGGAGAGUGAGUGGGGAGAGAGGGCUCAAGAGAGGAGGCAAGAGAGGCUGAACGUUGAUGUGCCUGAGGAUGCAGAGCGGUGGCAGCGGAAGAUGGUGGAGAAACGAGCCAAGAGGGAGGCGGUGAUGGAGAGGGAGUGGGAUAGGGACAGGGAAUCCGAUCAGGGUUUAAGCGGGGGUUCGGGUUUAGGCGGGGUUUCGGGUGAGGACGACCAGGUGGCCGGAGGAGCUGACGUGGCAGCGUUGCGCGUGGCGUGGCUGAUUGAUGAGCUGGCGGUGCUGCGGCCAGCGGCGAUCGUGAAGCUGCUGAACGGGCAGCGGGCGUGGAUCGGGAUGGAGCAUGUGGAAGGGAUUGUUAGGGGGCUGCUGGAGCGAGGGGAGACUCUGCGUGCAAUCAGGGCGCUCAAAUGGGCGCGCCAAGCCGCCUUCUACUACCCCAUCCCGUCUCUGUAUGCUGACCUACUGGACGCGGCGUCGGCCAAUCAGCAUGUGCCACGUGCGCAGGAGCUGUUUGACAUGAUGCUGGCACACGGGCUGGUCCCCCCCAGGCGCAACUACGAGGGGCUCAUCCGCAUGUUCCUGGGGGAGAGCCUCAGGGCGGAAGAGGGGGAGGCGGGGACUGGGGAGGAAGCCGAGGGGAAGGAGAAGAGUAGAGCGGUGGAGAGCGGUGCAGGGGCAGCAGGGGAGGCGCCAGCUGGGAUAGGAGCUAAAGGAUCCAAAGAAGCUGAAAAGGGCAAAGAACCCAAGGAAGGCAAAGGCGAGGAAGAAGCGAGGGUUUUCAAAGGGUUUAAGGAGCUGAAGAAAGCAGCCAAGGCGGCAACGGAGGUGGAGAAAGCGUGGGAGGUGUACCGGCAGAUGAAGCAGUUCGCCGAGCUGGUGCCGUCCCGAGGGAUACAGGAGGAGCUAUGGGGCGUGCUGACCCAGCGCUGCAGCCAGGGGCGGCACAUAGUGAAGGCAGAGGAGUUAUUGCGUGAUAUGGAGGAGAGGGAGGCGGAUGAGAGGACGAGGGGGGUUGAGGGGGAGGAGGAGGGAGAGGGGGGUGGGGAAGGGCGUGGGAGUGUGAGUGCGAGUGAUCGUGGCAGGCGGGCAGGCGGGGAGAGUGAUAAUGGUGAUGUGGCACAGUCCCGGGUCCGUGCCGCCCGGUAUUCCCUCCUGCUGCGCCAUGCCAGCAUGGCAGGUGAUGUGGCACGCACUGACAACCUGCUCUCCCGGAUGCGGGCGGCCGGAAUACAGCCGAGCGCCGCCGCCCUCGAGGCGCCAGUUGUUGCUUGUGCACUGGCUGGGAAGAAGAGGAGAGAUGUGGAGGGAGGGAGGGUGAGGGGAGUAGUAGGGGGAAUGAGUGGAGGAGCAGGGGGGGUGAGGGGAGGAGUGAGGCAGUCGAAUCUGGCGGAAAGGGCAGAGAGGGGGGUGGAAGAGCUUGAAUCGGAAGGUUUUCGGCCCGGGCAGGUGGUGCUGGCAGCGCUGAUGGAGGCUUACAACCUAGCCGGGCAGCACGAAAAAGUUUUGCCGGUGUGGCCCAGAGUGCUGGAGGCAGGAGGAAAAGUUUCGAGGCGGGUCAAGGGGGCAGCUGACAGGGAUGGGGAAGGGGAGGGGGAAAUGGAGGGGGGAGGGGAGGGGGGAGAGGAUAAGGAAGGGGAUGGGCAGUGGAAGGACCAGAGGGUGAUGGUGAGGGCCUAUAACGCGUAUGUGGAGGGGCUGGCAGGUGUGGGCGAGAUGGAGAGGGCGGAAGAGGUGGUGGGGGAGAUGGUCAAAAGGGGGGUCGUUGGGCGCCAACUGGGGGAGGCGUAUCUGUCACUGCUAAGGGGGUAUGUGCAGGAGGGGGGGGGAGGGGGAGGGGGAGAGGAGGGAUGGGGGGAAGUGGGAGCAGAAGUUGGGCGGAAAGCACUGGAGGCGGUGGGUGGGUGUUUCCGAGCCAUGAUCCAGGCUCGGUGGGAGCCGAACCAGGAGGCUUGGAACCUGUACGUCCGGGCGUUGAUCCAGGCUGGGGAGAGGGAUGCAGCUUUGAAGGUAUACAGAGCGAUGCAGAGGUGGGAGGAUGGGACGCGGAGGAGGGUAUUGCAGGAGAGAAGGGAGAGGAACAAGGGAGGGGGGAACAAGGGUAAGGGGAAGAAGAGCGGAAAGGGGGUAGCGACUGGGGAUGGGGUGAGUGAGGGGGAUAUUGAGGGGGCUGGUGGGGCGGUCAGUGAAGCAGAGAGGGUGACGGUGGUCGGGUCAGGUUUGGAGGGAGGUUUGGCGGUGAGGUCCGGGCCGAACCAGGAGACGUUCAACAUGAUGAUAGGCACGUUCGGCGCGGCUGGUGAUCUUGACACUGUGAGAUCAAUCUACACCGACCUUAGAGGUGGCGUGGCUCUUGCUCCUGCUGCUGCUGCCACUGCUGCCACUACUGCCGGUGCGACUACGGCUGACACCGGUGAGAGUGCACUCACUGAUUGGGAGGAGCAGCAAGCAAGGGAGGCGGGAGAAGUGGAGGAGGUAUCGGAUAUAGAGGAAUCAGUGGUUACCAGCCUUCCCGCAAAGCUUAAAGCCAGGCUCUUCGGCCCGGCCAGGCGCGCAGCAGAGCUCGCCGUGGGCAAGCGGCAGCUCCAAGCCGACGAAACAGCAGGGCUCAAGCUCACCCAGGAGCAGCGGCAGUUGCUGUCAGGGGUCAUCCUGGCGGGCGCUGAUGUGAGUAGUGAUGAUGGGGCCAUGACGGCGGGGGUGCGGUUUGCAGUGGAGGCGGGGGAUGAAAGGAAGGAGAGGGUGCUGGAGCAUCUGUAUGAGAUGUUUGGGGAGUGGGCUGCUGGGCCGAUUGUUGAAGAGGAGGUGAGGGUGGAGGGGAACUUGGAGGGAAGUGGAGGGAUGGGAGAGAAAUGGCGCAGUGGGGAGCAAGAGGAGGAGUGGGGAGAGAGGGAGGAGGGGGAGGAGGGGGAGGAGGGGGAGGAGGGGGAGGAAGUGGAGGGGUACAAGAGGAGGUAUAUGCAGGAGAAGGAAGGGGAAUGGCUGGCUGGAGAUGACCCCAGUGGGGCUGAGAGGGCUAGCAGCAGCAGCAGCAGCACGGAGGCCAGAACAAUGCGAGUGCUGACUUUUAGCACAGUGCCGCACCCCUCGCUGUGCUUCUACCUGCACCAGUACCGCCCUGAGAAGCAGGGCGGGCGUGCUGCCGUCCCUCGCCUCGUGCACAAGUGGCUCACGCCCCGCGCCCUCGCGUACUGGUAUAUGUACGCCGGCCAACGCGGCCAACCGAGUCAACGCAGUCAACGUGGCAGCAGCAGCAGCAGUUCUAGUGAUGUUGGAAGAACAGCUGCAGAGGGUUCUAUCAUUCUGGAUGCAGGGAUGUACGAGGCCAAAGAGGUGGCUCUUAUAGUGAAGGCGCUUAAAGCGAGGACGAUCGACUGUGCCCAGAGCAAGAGGGGCAAGGGCAGCAAGGGGCAGAGAGCUGUCAGGUUCUCGGGCCCCUCGGCCCAAUUCCUCUGGAAAUUCAUGGAGCCUUUUGUUCUGGAGGAGAUGAAGGAGGAGUUGAAUCCGGUGAUAAGGGGUUCAAGUGGGGGAGGGGGUGGAGAGAGAGGAGGGGGAAGGGGAGGAGGGAGAGUGGGGUUGGGGAAGUUCACGGUGGGGGAGAGAGGGGAGGUGGUGGGAGAGGAGAGGUUUGUGGGUGGGGCAAAGGGCAGCCCGAACGAGGAGGCACGGGAGAGCGAGGAGGACCGGCGAGAGGGUUGGGUGAAUCUGGCUCGAGCAUCCAAGUGGGUGGAGUUUAGUUCUUUUGUGUAGGGUGAGGCGCCAAGUGCUCUUGCUAAGUCUGGCUCCCACAUUUUUUUAAAAUGACGUAUGCUGAUGUGAUGGCAGCCGUCUUGGGUUUGGGGUUGUGGCUCGUAAGUUUGUUGUGAUGGUAUGCAAGCAGGGCUGUCGUUAUCAUGGUAUUUUACCCUGAUUCCCUGAUUUCACAAGGUAUUU